CUGUGUAGAAACAACAACCACGGAAUAAGACAUAAGUUUUUAGACGCCAAUAAUUAUUAUUAUUAUUGUCAUUCUUGAAAGAAAUGAAUUUAAUUUGUAAUGAAAAAGGAACAAUUUUUGAUAACGAAAAUGGAGCUUGAAAUAGAAUUUUUAUCAACGGGAAUUUUUCACUAUAAUCAGAUUGGCCUUUGGACGAAGAGGCAAGUUAAUGAUAAAUUCUAUGGACCCUAUUCGUCCCUCUUUGAAGUUGUGUCACCCAUUUUUUACAUAAUCAGAGUUCUUGGAUUGGCACCCUAUCGAUUCUGUGAAAAUCGUCUCGUUUCAUCGAAUGCUCAUUUAUUUUUUUCAUUCUCCGCAAUUUUCAUUAAUACUUACGUCACUAUCAUGACUUUUCUUCGAUUUUUAAAUGAUGACGAUAAGAAAAUUGUCCUAACAACAACUGAACGAGGAAAGGAAAGUGUUGUCUCUAAUUAUUUUACAAUGAUGUUUGAUUUGACAAUGACAAUAAUGACGCGAAAUCAAUUUGUAAUUAUUUGGAAUAUAAUUCAAGAUUUUGAUUAUAAAACGAAUAAUUUGGGUUUUUUUCAAAAUGAAAAGAAAACAAAAUUUUACAGUUGGAUCAUAUUAAUUGGCAGUUUUCUCAUUUGGUUGUAUAUCAAUCAAACGGGAAUGUAUGCAUUUAUGGAGAAUUUUGUACAAAAUUUUAGUUAUAUGUACGGUUAUAUUGGAACUGGAUUUUCUGUUUUUAAAUUUUCCGGAAUUGUGGCAAUUUUGGGUCAAAGAUUUAAACAUUUAAAUAAAAUUACCAAUGAUUCUAGUUCAAGUGAAUCUACUUGUGCGUCAUCGUCAAAAGUCGAUCAAAAGGUAUUGGAAAAGCUAAGAAGUGAUUUAAUGAAAGCGAGUGAAAAGCUAAAUUCUUUGUACUAUUGGUCGUUGUUACUUUGGCUGUUUAAUUUAAGUUUUCAUAUAAUCAGUGGUAUAUAUUUUUUCAUCCAAUGGUUAAAGAGAGACGAUGGAAUUGUUGAUUUAAUAAUUUAUUGUUGUUUGGGUGGUUGGAUAAUUUCUUUUAUUAUACAACUUAUAUUAUUGCAUUACGCCUGUCAUUUUACAUGCUCAGAGGCCAAUCGAAUGGGAUAUAUUUUACUAAAUUGGCGACGUUGGCAGUCAUAUCACGAUCCAAAAAGAGAUUUCGAAUCAACGAUACAUCUCAUGAAUUACAAAUUGAACUUCUCAGCAGGCGGUUGUUGCUACGUGAAUUUGCCACUGCUACGAAAAAUUGCUGGUUUGUUGACAACUUAUCUGAUAAUUUUACUUCAACUUCCUAAUUAAUAUUAUCAUGGAAAUUUGAUUAAAAAUUUUUUAAUUGAAUAAGUUUUAGGUUUUCUUUUAAAGAG